AUAAGCUUAAAGUCAACUCAGUGCCUGAGCAGCCAAAGGAGGAGAAAGAAGUAGUCAAGCCUUCAGUUCCUGUAGCAGAACCAGAGUCAUCCCCUAGUACUGCAGUAGAGAAACCUGGGAAGAAAACGGAGUCUGCUAGAAGUCAACAAAAGGACAAAAAAAGUAAAAUGAAGAGGGUGGACAAGUCGGAUAAUGAGGAAGAAAGAGAUUCUGAAAAUCUAAAGAAAAAGAGGAAGCGAAUCAAACAACUUCAGUCUGACAGCAGUGAUGAGGAAGAUGUCCCACUGUCCCCCACACCUGAGGAAGAGAAAGCUCCAUCUCCACCUCCUAUACCUGCCCUGAAAACUGAACUAGAGCCAACAUCUACAGAGGUUUCGACUGGAGGGAGGAAGAGGAAACGGAAGCGUGUGCUGAAAUCCAAAAUGUUUAUUGACGAAGAAGAAGGCUGCAUGGUGACUGAGAAGGUUUAUGAGAGUGAAUCCUGUACAGAUAGCGAAGAUGACUUUACCAAGUCCAAGCCACCAGCUGCUCACAAACAGCCUGCGCUGCCUAUGAAAAAAGAACCAAAGGAAGAAAGGAAGAACUUGAAGAAAGGGGCAGCUACUGCCAACAGAGCCAACAAACAGGUCUCCAUCAUGGGGUUUUUCCAGAAGAAAUGA